ACCGUAUAUUGAUAUAUAGUAAAUCGUAUUCUCGAUUAUUGUAAAAAUGGCAAAUUCUAGCGACAGUGAUGGUGAUAUAUCAAAGAUAGACCUUUCUGUGAAGAUAAGGCCUUACAUGUUUGAGCCAAUCAAAGAAAAUAACGUAAUACAGAUUGAAAACGAAUCCUCGUCCUCUUCGUCCGAUGGUGAGCAUGGGGAGACUGGAGAUGAAAAUAUUACAGCUGACCAUAACGUAGCGAAUGCAAAUGACUGGUGCUCUUGUGGUAACUGCGUUACGAUGCCGACACCUAGAGAAAACAAAUGUUGCAGAAAAACGAAUAUUGUGGACGGUAAAAUUGAGGACCAAUCACUUACGUGCAUAACUGAUCACGAAGGUUUUAUCGUAAACUGUUUAAAUAAAUAUGUUCUGGAAACAUCUUACUACGAAUACAUCCAGGAAAACGGACAAUUAGAGGAAAAUGAACACAUUCAUGAGCUGUACAGAUAUCUUGCCUAUCGCAGAUUUGUCAGAUGGAUAUAUCAGCGUCUUGGAAAGAAGAACAGAAGAAUUCUUCCGUCUUGUGUUGUGAUCAAAAUUCGAAAAACCUUUCCCUCCGAAGAGUAUUGUGGCUUUAAAUACCCAAACUGA